UCACACAAACUACUCAAUUACAGUAACUUGAGUAACGGUCAUUUACUACUGUCUGACGUUAACACAGUUGUGCUUAUCUUCACUUGGAUUCAAACCUGUCUUUCUGCUCUUGGCCAAUAAGGAUCACCGUUAUGCCCCCAUGCGAUGUGAUCUUAAUCGGUUUUCCUGUGUUCUUAUUGCAGGUGUUGUGGAGGCAUGGACUGUAACUGUGUCAGUGAUCUGCUGCUCCCUCCGGUGCCUGCACUCUGGACGCCAGGGUUUGCCUUCCCAGAUUGGGCCUACAAGCCUGAGUCAAGCCCCGGUUCUAGGCAAAUCCAGCUGUGGCACUUCAUCCUGGAGCUGCUGCAGAAGGAGGAGUACCAGGGAGUGAUUGCCUGGCAGGGCGACUACGGAGAAUUCGUCAUCAAGGACCCGGAUGAGGUGGCACGGCUGUGGGGAAUAAGGAAAUGCAAACCCCACAUGAACUACGAUAAGCUUAGCAGGGCACUGAGGUAUUAUUACAACAAGCGGAUAUUACACAAAACCAAAGGGAAACGUUUCACCUACAAGUUCAACUUCAGCAAGGUGGUGUUAGUCAACUACCCCCUCUUGGACAUGGCGAACACGCCCUUCUUUCUGGCCCAGAACCACUUCAGCGGAGGCACCACAGCCCCGGACUGCACCCCAGAGACCAUACAGUCCCUGUUUCCCCGCUUGCCAGAGUCUGGCAGAGGAACAUCCCUUUUUGAUCGUGGUACCACCGCACCAGGGCCUGAAGGAGACAAGCUAAGGCUGGACACAUUCCCUUUCCUCAGUUCAGGCACCCCGUGCUACUCUAAACCCCCAUCUCUGCUGGGCCCCUACCCACGCAACCCACCAUUUGACUACCCCUGGGGCUUUAACCCCUAUCUCCCAGGGGCUUUCUCCCUCAAUAGCUGCCCCAAACUACCCCCUGGGUCCCUGUACCCUUCACAGUUUUACCCCAACCCUUUGCAAAGCAGCCUUUCCCAGCUGCCUCACCCAUUUUCCUCCCUGCUGCCCACAGGGGAGGCAGGUGGGGGUGAGAGGGAGACAACAGGCGCAAACAUCACAGCGGGUGGUCAGCCUGCGAGACCAUGCCUUCCACCCUACCCGGGCAGCCUCUCUCUGGGUCGAACUGAAGUUGGCAACGGGGCGAUUCUGGGGGAGAGGGGGGAAGCUAGUCCUCCCGGCGCUGGGCUGAACCUGGGCCUGGGCGCAGUUGGAAUAGGAGGGGGCAACGGGGCCGAGCGGCAGAGCCCCACCGAGAGGAGAGAAGGAGUAAAGCAGGACCCGGAGUCAGACUCAGACCUGGAGAUCACAGAUCUGAGCGACUGCAGCUCAGAGAAUGAAAACGAGCACGAGUUCAGUAUGAGGAAGAAUCCCAGCCUGGCCAAUCAAUCGCCGAUUCAGUUGGAUGGAAAGAAGGCCGGCGUGCUGCCCCGCAUCUCCGCUCUCCCUCCACCGGUGUCACCGCACCCGCUGAAGAGUCUGGUUCCAAUCACUCCUUCUCCUCCGUCCAUGGCUUUGCACGACAGACACAGAGAAACGGACACUCUCAAACUGAUUCACAGCUAAUACCGCGUCAUCUUUCGCCCAUCAAGCUCUAGUAACGCUCUCUUCUUCUCUCCUCGUUUGUCCGAGAUGCUCUUCGUCUUUCUGUAAUUCCUCUUGACAGCUGCUCAUUUACUUCUUUAAUUACUGUUUCGCUUUCAAGGUUAUUGCUUAAAGCAGAAGCCCCCCCUCCGCCACCUCCACCCCAAGCACUUGGCCCCAGAACAGUGCUGGGGCCUGGGUCGUUUGGUUCUAAACCGCAGAUAAAAUACCAAUGCAUUUAUUUGCAUUUUAAAUGAACAUCAGU